AGCCACGCCGUCUCCUACGGAUGCUCACUAGCAGGAGAUUGGGGCCAAAUUCACAGGCACUUUCCAGAAACCCCACCACUGCCCAGAGGUUGCAAACAUCCAGGUUGGCUCUGGGCGCAGUGGGCACCUUAAGUCUCCUGAAUACCCUUCCUGCAAGCACCCCAGGCCGGUCUCCUGACCCAGAGAUGGAUUUACCUGUGAACCUAACCUCCUUUUCCCUCUCCACCCCUUUCCCUUUGGAGACCAACCGCAGCCUCGGCAAAGAUGAUCUGCGCCCCAGCCCGCCCCUGCGCUCAGUCUUCGGAGUGCUUAUUCUCACCUUGCUGGGCUUUCUGGUGGCAGCGACGUUCGCCUGGAACCUGCUGGUGCUGGCGACCAUCCUCCGUGUGCGCACCUUCCACCGCGUGCCCCACAACCUGGUGGCGUCCAUGGCCAUCUCGGACGUCCUGGUGGCCGCGCUGGUCAUGCCGCUGAGCCUGGUGCACGAGCUGUCCGGGCGCCGCUGGCAGCUGGGCCGGCGGCUGUGCCAGCUGUGGAUAGCGUGUGACGUGCUCUGCUGCACGGCCAGCAUCUGGAACGUGACGGCCAUCGCGCUGGACCGCUACUGGUCCAUCACACGCCACCUGGAAUACACGCUCCGUACCCGCAAGUGCGUCUCCAACGUCAUGAUCGCGCUCACCUGGGCGCUGUCCGCUGUCAUCUCUCUGGCCCCGCUGCUUUUUGGCUGGGGAGAGACUUACUCUGAGGGCAGCGAGGAGUGUCAGGUCAGCCGUGAGCCUUCCUACGCCGUGUUCUCCACCGUGGGCGCCUUCUACCUGCCGCUCUGCGUGGUGCUCUUCGUGUACUGGAAGAUCUACAAGGCUGCCAAGCUCCGCGUGGGCUCCAGGAAAACCAAUAGCGUCUCACCCGUAUCCGAAGCUGUGGAGGUGAAGGACCCCGCCAAACAGCCCCAGAUGGUGUUCACAGUCCGCCAUGCCACUGUCACCUUCCAGACAGAAGGGGACACAUGGCGCGAGCAGAAGGAGCAGCGGGCUGCCCUCAUGGUGGGCAUCCUCAUUGGUGUGUUCGCACUCUGCUGGAUCCCCUUCUUUCUCACGGAGCUCAUCAGUCCCCUCUGCUCCUGUGACAUCCCCGCCAUCUGGAAAAGCAUCUUCCUGUGGCUUGGCUACUCCAACUCCUUCUUUAACCCCCUGAUCUAUACGGCUUUCAACAAGAACUACAACAGCGCCUUCAAGAACUUCUUUUCUAGGCAACACUGAGGGAGAGGACUAGGAUCAAAGGGAUUUUCUUCCCAUAAUUCAGUGGAAUUCCCAGUUCAUCCAUUUCCCAUCCCCACCCAACAGCCACGUGGCGAGAUGAAUCCUCACCAUUCGCCAGGGUCAUCUUCAGAACUGCACUGGCCCUUUCCACCUCCUCAGUAGGAAUAUGAAUCCUCACAGCAGUUUUGAUGACAUCAUGUAUCUAACUUACCUACUAUCCCUUCCUCUGCGCUGACAGCCAUGGACUUUGCCCAUAAAGUGUCCUUUCCUCCCCUUAUUCACUUGGCAUGGUGAGCGACGUUGUCCUAAAGAAGUCAAACAAGGCAGAUAAGGAGGAGGAGGUAAAACAAUAUGGGCAGGUUGAGAAUGGAUAGAAAAGAAUGAACAAGUCAUGAUGUAGACAUCUGGGGUAGGAGACCAUGGUUCCAUGCUUUCUGGCACAGUCCCCAUUUCAAAUAUUCUCCUCUGUGGUCCUAGCACACAUACCCUAAUACCAAUGGGGUAUGCCCCAAGGGUUGACCACAAAACACUGUCUCCGAAUAUGUUAAAGUACAUAGUCCUAUCCAUGAGGGCAGAGAACAUUAGCUUUAAGGUUUUGUUUGUGGCAACUACACACACACACACACACACACACACACUUCAGAGAGAGAGAGAGAGAGAGAGAGAGAGAACUAAGACAGAGGCAGGCAUUCUAGCUGGCUAGUUUACUCCAAAAUGCAAUCCCUUGACAUGAAACAGGCCCUGAGGGUCAACUCCUUCCUUCCAUUUUGAAGCAACAGUUUAUAACCAAUAGAAAAGUCUCCUGGUUUCACACAGUCUGUUAAACUUUCUUAUUUGCUACUGGUUUCAUGUGUGUGGAAUACAUUUAAGUGUUUCUAGGCAAAGACCUUUGUCCUCAGAUCAUGAGAUUAUAGCUCAGCUGCAAUAAGGCUGAGCGUUUCAUGAUCAGUGACUAUGAAGGCACAUUCACCACACACGGGCACUUUGGGGGCCUCUUUGACGAAUGUGCUAACUGCUAUUUUUUGUUGGCAUGUGAAUGCCUGCUAGGAGGCCAAGACGAGUAAAUAAUGAAAAAGAACAAUGCUAAGCUGCAGCCUCAGUCCUCUGCACAUGGGCAGCAUACUUGGUGAGGCGAGGAGUUAAGUGAUGAGGCAGCAUUCGUGUGAGCACGUAAAGCCAGUGCCAUUACACAAAAAUUAAAAAAAAAUCCUAGGCAAUAAAACUGCCUGUGGUCUGCUAUGUCCCUGACUCUUUAAAUGCAUGAAUUAAAGAAUUAUACAUUAUAAUAAUCUCUGAAUUAUUGUAAUUCAUGCAAUAUAUUGCAUAUAAUAAAUAAUAUCAAUUGAGA